CUCUGGUUCUGUUCUACUGACCCAGUCAUGGGAACUGAUAGUUCAUUCAGUAACUGUUCACACUGGGAUAUAAAAUGAUCUUUUUAGGUUGUUCUGGUUUCUGACUGACAGGAAGAUGAAGACGUUGCUGUUGUUUGGGAUUCUUCUGCACGUUUCCCAGCAUGCUCUGGGUGGAGUGGUUGAGGUGAAUGAAGGGGCGGAGUCUGUGCUGCUACGCUGUCAGGGCUCUUAUGCGGUACCUGAGGUAAACCCCUCAGUUUUAUGGUCAAGAAAUGAUCUCAACCCCAAAGUUAUCCACCUACGAAGAGAACAAGGUGAUGAUCACAAAGACCAAAACCAGGUUUACAGACGACGAACCUCAAUGCACCUUGAUGCUCUGCAAACUGGAGACUUUGACCUGACUCUGAGAAAACCUCAGCUGGCUGACAGUGGAAACUACACCUGCAGCAUCUCUGAUGGAAGAGCAGAGCUGAAGCUGGCUCAAGUUCAGCUGGAGGUCAAAGUCAGCCUCAUAGAGGUGAAGGUGAAUGAAAAGGCGGAGUCUGUUAUCCUGCCCUGUAAAACCAAAGCUGGCCUAAAGGAGAACACAGUGGUGGAGUGGAUCCGUUCUGAUCCAGAUUUUAGGAUUGUUCAUGUGAGUUCCAACACAAGUGAAUGCAACACCAAUCAGGAUGGCCUUUACCGCGGCCGUACAGAGAUGAACGCUGACCUGCUGAGGACUGGUGACCUCAGCCUGACCCUGAAGUUCCCCACAGAGAGGGACAGCGGAAGCUACAUCUGCACCAUCUACAGAGAUGAGGACAUCUUGAGGCAGACAGUGGUACUGCACCAUGUCACAGAAGAGCCGUCUCCAACAGACGUCUCAGGUCUCUUCAUAUCUGUGGUUCUUGUGCUGGUGGUUGUGGGAGGAUGCAUCUAUUGGUGUUAUUUCUAUCCUAAAUCUGUUCACCAGGUGAAGGUGGAAUCAGGAUCAGAGUCUGUCCUGCUGCGCUGCUGGUUUCCAUUUCCACUGAUUCCAGGGUUUAGAGUGGAGUGGACAGACAGCCGUGGAAAGAAAGUCUAUGUUUAUCCCAAAGGUCUGGAUUCUUCUAAUUACCAAGAAAAGGCUUAUGAAGGAAGAACGGAAAUGAAUAAAGACUUGAUGAAGUUUGGGGUCUUCAGUCUGACAAUAAGAAACCCCCUGGAGAGAGACGGAAACACCUACACCUGCACCGUCUACAGCAGGAAGGGAAAGGAUCUGAAGAAGAAACAGGUGAUGCUUAAUGUCAAAGUCCUGCAGGUGGAGGUGGAUUCUGGAGCAGAAUCUGUUGAGCUUCCCUUUAAAGCCACAGCUGACCUUCCUGAAAAAGCUAAGGUGGAGUGGAGGGACCAAAAUAACUGGACCGUCCAUGUGUUUCAGAAUGGUUCUGAUCAUCUUCAUCAGCAAAACUGGUAUUAUAAGGGAAGAACAGAAAUGAAGAAAAAUGCUGUGAAAGACAAAGACCUCAGCCUGACAGUGAAACAUCUGACAGAAUCUGACGUCUACGCCUGCACCGUCUACGACGAGGAGGGAGAAAUCCUCCUGAGGAAGGAGGUUCAUCUCCAUGUCAAAGUUUUUGAGAUGGAGGUGGAGCCAGGGGUGGAGUCUGUCCAGCUGCCGUUUCAAACCCCACAAAGGUUGAACUGUGAGGAGAUUGAAGUGGAGUGGACGAACAGCAAUGGCAGAAAGGUCCAUAAAUAUUGUAGCUCAGACCAGCAUGAAGAUUGGUUCAGCUCCUACGCAUGCCGAACAGAAUUAAAUGAAGGCCUGGUGAAAACUGGAGACUUCAGUCUGACGUUGAAAUACCCAACAGACUGGGACACCGACACCUACACCUGCAAAGUCUACGGAGCGGAGGGAACCAUCCUGGUGAAGAAACGCGUGGCACUACAUGUCAAAGAGCAUCAGGUGGAGGUGCAGGACAGGAACGUCCAGCUUCCCUUCAGGACGACGCCUGAGCUGCUGGAAGACUGCAGAGUGGAGUGGCUGCAGGUUGAACCCAAAUACAGAGUCGUUCAUGUAUGGGAGAAUGGAUCCGACCAACCCGGAGGACAAACGCAGACAUUUAGGGAAAAAACCAACAUGAAAGAAAACCUGAUUAAUACCGGAGACCUCAGUCUGACCCUGGAAGACUUCAUAGAGGACGAUUCAGGGAAAUAUAAAUGUACAAUUUAUGGAAAGCAUGGAAGGAUCCUGCAAGAGAAAACUGUCCAAGUUCUAAUGAAAGGUGAAUUAAUUGAUCUAUUUAUUAAUUUGUCCCAGUUUGUUUAUCGGUCCUCUGUCUCCACUGCAGGGACAGUUCAGGUCCAGAACCAACCCGAGGACAUCAGGACCAGAGGCAGCUCCGUUGACCCGACUCCUCUCAUGGCUGACCAGUGAGUCUCAUGACCCAACCUGGGAGGAAUGUCUGCUACAAUGGACACUGGCCACUUCCAGCCUUUAAAAACUGCUGUGGCCAAAAAGCAUUUUUCUACGUCUAAAGCAGAGGGGUCCAAAGUGGGUCCCUGAGGGCCGGCAUCCUGCAUGUUUUAGUCUCUCCCUGGUUUAACGCACCUGGAUCUAAUGAUGGACCAUUAGAGGCCAAAGAAGAACAUGGACCUGCUGAGAAGCUUGUUGGUACCAGGGAGAGAAUAAAACAUGCAGGAUGCCGGCCCUCAGGGACCCACUUUGGGCUCCCCUGGUGUAAACGCUGGUUUUCUUCUAUUUUGUAAAUUGAUAUGUCUGUGUAUCUGCAGUGUAUAUAAAUGAUGGAUAUCUGUGUGUUUUUCAUGUUCCUAUCAGGAAGCUACUGUGAAACAGCAUUUAUGCUGAGUCAGGCCUGAUUUGUUACAACCUUUUUCUGCUUAAAAACAUUUAAUACAUAAAUGAUUGAUCCUUCCUGUAAUGUGACGUGAGAUCAGAGAAGGUCCUGAUGGAUGAAGGAUGGACUCUUCAUCCACUGAGUUUUUCAUACUUCACUCUCCCUGGUAAAGGAAGCAGCAGAGCAGAGGAGUGUAAAAAUGACUCUAGACUUUAAAAUUAGUCUGUAAAUAUCUGAGAGUCAUCUGAUAUAUCUGCAUCAGAUUGAAGUGACACUUUGUAUUUCUACAUCUGGAACAUAAUGUAUGAAAAUGUUAUAGAACUGGAGUCAGAAUAACAAAAAGAAGCAGAAACAAUUUAACUGGAUGAGCAACAUAAAGCUGUGUAAGGUGAACUGUAUGGGGGAUUUUUCUGCCAUAAUCCAAGAGCAAACAUUUUCAGUCUGAAAGCAGGACUUCAUGUCUUUCUUCUCAAAACUUGUAACCAAUGCAGAAUACUUAUGUUAAUAUUGUUUUGAUCCUGAAUUGGAGAAUCUAAAGAGGUUAUGGAUAUGCUUUUGACAAUGAACUUGAAAUGAUGUAAAAUGUGUAGCUGCAAUCAAAGAUCACUGAUGUUGUGUUGAGAUGCUAGAUGAGAGUUUAUGAAAAAGGAGAGCAAAGAUGAAUGAAUGGAUCAGCACAAGACGGGAACUGAAGCUGCUGGAGAGAAGGACAGUUUGCAGGCUAAAGGACUGUGACCCUUGAACAAACCCGAGACCAGAACAGAGACAUGACAAAGGUGGAUCUGAGAUCAUCUUUUCAAGCAAGGGAAAAGGCAGACUGUGACGUCAGAGUGACCUUUGAGCAUUCUUGGGUUGCUUAAAAAUCUGCAGCAAAAGAAGAGAAGUGGGAUUUUCCUUCCAUAAGUUCUGCACUUCACUGUCACCGAGACGGAUCAACAAAGCCAAGGAUCAACGUGGAAGAGUCCUAGAAGCUGUGGGGCUGGGGCAGAGCAUCUGUACUCGCAUGAGGACAUUCCUGGAGAGCCAACCCCUGCAGCUUUGAAUUUUUCGACUCUUCCAGCAUCCGGGCCCUCCGGCCUCAACUCGUCCCGUGAAGCGGGUCUCCCUCCCUGUACUGGGUCUGAUCCUACACCAUCAGACUGAGCUGGAGCUUGUGGUUCAGUUCUCCAUCUCACAAAUUGUUCUCCCAGCGUUAGCAGUGAUAGAAAUUAGGGUGAGAGAUGUUGGAUUGAAGUUAAUUUUGUUAUAUAGUUGUCUCUUUGAUUUAAUGUUUGCAUCUAUUUUCUGCUACUGCUAAAUGCUGUACAAUCUUCCUAUCUCUACCCAUAAAUGAGCAAAUAAAGUUCAGGUUAGUGACUGGU